AUGGCCGAGGCGCUGGCAGCAGCAUUCACGGAUAAUCUCUUGACAUGUAGCAUCUGUCUGGGAGAGUAUGAGGACCCCCGUGUGCUACCUUGCUACCAUACAUUUUGCUAUGGUUGUUUAUGUAACCAUGCUACGCAGGCUGUAUCUAGGGACGGGACAUUUUUGUGCCCCCUUUGUAGAGAAGUGAUAAAAUUCCCAAGGGAAGGACUUGUGAAACUGAAAAAAGAUUUCCGUAUUCAGAAAGCAAAAGAACUUCUCAGACAACGACAGCAGCAUGAAGUCCCAUCUCAAAUCAAAGGCACUGAUGUGUACCGAGUGACGCAAGCCAUUGCACGAAUGAUCAGCAAAUGUGAGAAGCAUCCUACAAAUGAAUUGAAAUACUACUGUGAAGACGAUGAUACAGUUGUAUGUGGUGACUGUAUACCAAAAGAGCAUUAUAGACAUGGUAUUGUGCCCGUUGAGCUUGUGGCAAAUAGCAAUCGGAAAAAGAUUAAAACUGUCCUUAUGAAAACUGAAACAACACUGAAAAUGUUUAAAGAAGCAGUUGCCAAGGACAGAACCAAUGAAUUGGAGGGGGUCAACACGGAAGAUACCAUCAACAAAAUUAAAGAGCAGGCUCUAUCUAUCCAAAGACUGGUUCAGGAGAGAGCGCAAAAAUUGAUUUCAGAAGUAAGUUUUGCUUGUGAUAUCAGUAAAAAGCAGAAAGAGGCAAAAAAGGACAAUCUUGAACUCAACCAUGCCUCCUUACUAAGUGCCUGCAGAUUUGCCCAGGAACUUAUAACACAUGGUUCUGAUUCUGACAUCAUGCUUCACACUAAGGCUCUGACCGAGAGACUGACAGCCAUGGAGAAAAUGCCAGUACCAACUCCAGACACACCAGUACAGAUAUCCUACAGACCCGGUAAGAUAUCUACUGUUGGGCUGGAAGCCAUGUUGGGAGAGGUGAUAACACAGUCAUACACUCCAGUCGCUGAUGAUGAAACAAUUCCUAAAUCACCAACGCACUCUUCCUGGCGUGAAGACAUGUUAGGACAGAUGUUAGGACAGUCAAAACCUUCAAUCGCUGAUGAGGAAACAAUUCCUAAAUCACCAACGCACUCUUCCGGACGUGGAGCCAUGUUGGGACAGGCGAUAGUACAGUCAAAACUUCCUACCACUGAAGAGGAAACAAUUCCAAAAUCAGCAAUCCAUUUUUCUGGACGUGAAUCCGGGUUAGAAGAGGUGAUAAAACAGUCAAAUCCUCCAAUCGCUGAAGAGGAAACAAUUCCUAAAUCACCAACGCACUCUCCCGGACAUGAAGCCAUGUUAGGACAGGUGUUAGGACAGUCAAACCCUCCAAUCGCUGAAGAGGAAACAAUUCCAAAAUCAGCAGCACACUCUCCCGGGCGUGAAGCCGUGUUAGGACAGGCGAUAGUACAUUUACAGCGUCUUAGGCCUCCUAGAUUAGGUGUAAUGAACUUUUUACAUACUCUGCUGAAUCCAAAAUCAACAUCACCUUCUCCUCUAUUUUUAGAGAAGGCAAAAUGUGUGCAUUCCUUCAAAGCAAGGAUGAAAGAUGACAAAAGUGACACGUUGAUAACUGGGCUGGCCAUAUCUAAGCAACACGUGAUUACUGUGCAUGGAAAAAAUUAUGUUAGUAAAGAAGGUAAUAACAAAACAAAAGUAUUCACACAUGCAGGAGAAUUCAAAUUUGACAUCACACUAAAUCAUGCAUUUGAUGUGGCUGUGUCACAGACUGGUCACCUGUUCAUAACAUCACGGGGUGACAAAUGUGUAGAAGUUUACUCCACUAGAGGUCAGCAUGUGACAACCAUGGGUCGCGGUAAACUCGAGGGUCCACGUGGUAUCACAAUCAACAGACAAGGCCAUGUGAUGGUUUGUGACAAAACAAAGGCAUCCAUAUUCACAUUCCAUGCAGAAAGUGGGCAUAUCCUGAACAUUAUUCCAUUGAAUGUUCAACACCCCUUGUACGUAACAGUGAACAAGGUGGAUGAUAACAUUGUGAUAUCAGACUAUGGCAGUGACUGUGUACGUGUGCUGUCACCUACUGGCGGUCAGCUGUACCAGUAUGGCACACGAGGCAGUGGUGAUGGUCAGCUGUGUGGACCAGGUGGAGUGUGCACUGACAGCUAUGGCCACAUCUUCAUUGCUGACUAUUGGAACCGUAGGAUAGUGGCACUGAGUCCACAAGGACAGUUGAUCAGAUACAUUGCCACUGCCGAUGAUGGGUUGGAGCAUCCCACAGCAUUAGUUGUUAACCCUGCUGGGCAGCUGGUGGUAGCAAGUGGGGGCAAAGUUACGACUUUUCAGUACUUACAAUAAAUAUACUGCUCACAUAUUGUAAUGAUCUUUGAAGUGACCUUUAUGACAUAGUAUCUAAGCAGUAGCUGAGAAACCUGCUGAAAAACAAAAAUGUUACUUUUCACAAUGUACAACGUUUUAUACGA